GACAGAAAAAACAUGAGUGACAGACAGCCCACCCGCUGUUGCAGACACUUCUCCUCCAUGCUCACAACAACUUCAUGACCGCAGAGACACAAGUUGAAGAUCAGACUUAGAGACGUUUCGAUGUUUGUUGUCAACAUGCACUUGCUUUUGCUGGCUGGAUUGUGCGGGCUUGCUUUGAUCAACAUCUCAGAGGCUCAGAACCCGGCCCUGCGUAUCGCCCAGAAGCCUCGGUUCUACGGUGUGAAAACUGGCAGCACUGUGGGUAUUUUCUGUCUGCCCUCCAAGACACAGCAGUCAGACAACUGGCGGUGGUACUGGUCUGAAGCGUUCAAUGAAACUAAAAUGCCUCUGCCAGGAGGAAGGAAGAAUGUUCAGCUCCUAGGUAGAUUUCUUAGUCUGGCAAACCUGCGCAUAGAGGACAGCGGAUUGUACUUCUGUGAGAUAGAUGGUUCAUUGGGAUCAGGGACUUGGCUUCAAGUUGCCAGAAACGUGACUGUAACUGAAGCACUGUACAGGUCCAAUAUGAAAGAUGGUCUCAUGAUCUUCCAAGGCCUCCUGCUGGCUGCGUGCGUCGCUGCUUUGCUGCUACGCAAACGAGAAAUGAAGGAAAAGAAAGACAUCAUAUAUGAAGACCCUGAAACAGAUCACAUCUACCAGGGUCUGGAGAUUGAGACAUGCAGCAUGGGUCUGUAUGAGGAACUGUCCGUGUACGCGCAGGCUGAUGGAGCCGAGGCCCCUUGGGAGUGAGACUAAACGGCACAUCACCUACAAACCUCUACAACUUUGAGAGACGUACUCUCCCAGGUUCUUGAUUAUAAAAACCCUAAAUACACGACAUCAAGAACCCUCAGAGAGCCCAUGUUUUGGACGUUUGGACAUUUGUCAUCCUUGUCUUGUAAAUAGUGUUUGUUGCUGAUUCUCACACACAUGCUUCAUGGUUUGUUUUGUUGCUGAUGCUACUCUCCAGGGAUUUGAUUUGAAGAGAAGAGUAUAAGAACCAUUUUACAGUUCAGACAUUAAAGCUAGGGUUGGUAGUCAAAGGAAAACCAGCAUGAAUUUGAAUGUAGCAUUUCCUAGGACUCCGUCUAACCCCUCCCCCAUUAUCCAGUUGUACCGGUGACACCAUAACCGGAGAAAAGCUAUAAUACUACAUCUAAAUUUUCUGUCGGACUUACUAAAUGUCAUUAAUUUUUUUGCUUGUCAGAGCCCCUGUUGUGAGAGCUUUUUAGACUCUGAUCUGGAUUACAGUCCUGAGCAAAGCACCUCAUCGCAUCAGGGGGGACAGGCCCAUGGUCAAGCGAGAGGGGAAGUAAAUAGAGGCAGAUGAUGGGGAGUGUAUGCGCAGGAGGGCGGGCAGAACAGCAGGAUGGGAUUUGAUUGGUUUCAUAAAUUGGACCCUAAAGGCAGGGAUUAGUUGGUUUUCCCAGGUUUACUCCGGCUGU